UAUCUACACAAUAUGGCUAGCAAACCAGGCAUUCUCACAGAUUGGCCUUGGAAGCCUCUUGGGAACUUCAAGUUCGUGAUUGUAACCCCAUGGAUUGCUCAUAGCAUGUAUUCUCUGAUAUCAAAUGAAGCGGAUCCAGUGUACUAUCUCAUAUUCCCAUUCGUAUUGGUGAGAAUGUUACACAACCAGAUCUGGAUUUCUGUCUCUCGCUAUCAAACUGCCAAAGGCAAAUGCAAGAUCACUGACAAAGGCCUUGAAUUCCAACAAGUGGACAGAGAAAGCAAUUGGGAUGACCAAAUUUUGUUUACUGCACUCCUAUAUUAUAUAGGAUAUACCAUAUUUCCUGUGGCUUCUAACUUGCCCUGGUGGAGAACAAGUGGUGUGAUUUUCACAGCUAUUUUACAUGCUGGACCAGUAGAGUUCCUUUACUACUGGUUACACAGAGGAUUACAUCAUCAUUUUCUCUACGCUCGCUACCAUUCUCACCACCAUGCCUCCAUAGUCACUGAGCCUAUCACCUCUGUUACUCACCCAUUUGCUGAGCACUUAGCAUACUUCACGCUAUUUGCAAUACCAAUGUUGACUCCGUUGUUCACAAGAAUAUCCUCUGUAGCUGCACUCUAUGGCUACAUCUUUUAUAUUGAUUUCAUGAACAACAUGGGUCAUUGCAACUUUGAGUUCUUUCCAAAGAGAAUCUUCUCCAUUUUUCCCCACUUGAAGUAUCUCCUGUACACACCAUCGUUUCACUCGCUGCAUCAUACGAAAUUCAGGACAAAUUACUCACUUUUCAUGCCUAUUUACGACUACAUUUAUGGCACUGUGGAUACAUCCUCAGAUGCUACGUAUGAAACCUCUUUGAAGAGAGCAAAGGAAUCAGCAGAUGUGGUGCACCUAACACACUUAACAACGCUUGAUUCCGUCUAUCAACUGCGCUUAGGUUUUGCUUCAAUAGCCUCCAACCCUCAAACCUCUAAAUGGUACCUACGUUUAUUGUGGCCCUUUACAAUGUGGUCUAUGCUUAUGACAUGGAUCCAUGGUCGUGCCUUUGUUUUUGAAAGCAACAUCUUCAAUGAUCUAAAGUUGCAAUCCUGGGUUGUACCAAAAUUUAGAAUACAAUAUUUCUUGAAAUGGCAUAGCAAAACAUUGAACAACUUAAUUGAAGAAGCGAUAAAGGAGGCUGACUUAAGUGGUGCAAAGGUGCUGACUCUAGGACUUCUAAAUCAGAGCCAAGAGCUUAAUGCCUAUGGCGAACUUUAUAUACGAAGAUUGCCAGAGCUGAAAAUAAAGGUUAUAGAUGGAAGCAGCUUAGCAGCUGCUAUUGUGCUGAACAACAUUCCUAAAGGGACAACUCAAGUGCUUCUUCGAGGCAACUUCAACAAGGUUGCUUUUGCUGUUGUCAAAGCUUUAUGCAGCUACAGAAACGUAAAGGUAGCUGUAUUAUAUAAGGAUGAGCUGAAAAAGCUUCAACGAAGGGUCACUAAAUCCAAGAAAAGUUUGGUUCUUUCCUCAAUCAAUACUCCAAAGGUAUGGUUAAUUGGAGAUGGAUGGGAUGAAGAUGAACAAAUGAAUGCAUCAAAAGGAUCAUUGUUCAUACCUUUUUCUCCUUUUCCUCCAAAGAAAAUGCGGGAAGAUUGCUUCUACCACUAUACACCAGCAAUGAUCAUUCCAAGUACAUUCCACAAUUUGCAUUCUUGUGAGAAUUGGCUUCCAAGAAGAGUAAUGAGUGCUUGGCGUAUUGCGGGAAUACUUCAUGCCUUAGAAGGAUGGAAUGUCCAUGAGUGUGGUUUCACCAUAUUUAGUAUUAAGAAAAUAUGGGAAGCAAGUAUUCGUCAUGGUUUUCAACCUCUCAAGAUUCCCAUUGAUCAACCCUAAAAAAUUGGGUUCAAAUUACUAAUAAUAUAUCCUUGUUGAUUAAGUUGUCAGCAUGUAUUUUAUAUUAAGCAUGUAUUUGCUGUGGGUUUAAAGACUCCAAUUGAUGUUGUUUGAGUUAUGAGUAUGCGUUGAACUAGUAUUUCAAACUAUGCAUGCAUAGAGGUUAAGUAGAACUCAAUCAACAAAAAGUAAAACUUUUCUUCACAUAU